AUGAAGCGAGGGCAGGAGAGGAAGCAAGUGACACAGGCGAGAAAGGAGAAAGAGAAAGGAGGAGGCGGUGGUGGAAGAAGCAGCCCCAGCAGCAACAGACGGGGCAAAGAGAAAGCGAGCAAGGCGCGCAGGCACUUACUUAGCGACGACCCCGCGGAAGUUGCGCUGCCUUCGGCCGCCUCAGCGCCGUCGAGCGGCGGGAGGGACCGGAUUGCCCCGCUCGACUGUCAAACAAGGAAGCCGGCGGAAAGGAAGCGAGGCGUGCUCGCCCAACACGAGGGCAAAACCACCUCCCGGCCGGGCCGCCGGAGCGCCUCCCUCUGCUGCCUUCCCUCCCCCCGCCCCGGAGCCUGCGCGCCGCCCCUCGACGACGCUCUACCUGGGGAAGGAGCGGGGCGGAGGCGCCGAGGGGGCGGGGAGAAGGGGAAGGGCGCCACCCCCCUUCGGCAGGUGAAAGGGCCCUGGGGCCUCGGGGAGCCGCCGCCGCCGCCGCUUUCCCAAAGGCCCCUCGCAGCCAAUUCGGUUUGUCCCGCUCCCCAGACGCGCCGCUGCUUCGGAUCGCCGCCCUGCGCUUCCAUGCGCUUUUGCGCGCCAAACUCGGAACCAAAAUGUCUUCCGAAGCUGAAAGUUCUUCAUCGCUGGAAGAGAAUCAACCAGGCACCAAAUCUUAGGAAGGGAGUCCUAGAAGGUUGGAAAAAAUGGCAGCAAGUGUCAACCUGGCACACUUCAGAUGUUACUGGACUCCAUCAUCCGUCGGUCCCAUAGGAGUUGCAAUUCAUCAAUAUCUGGAGCUCAUAAACUUUGCUAUCUAUGGCAUUACCGUAGCACCCAGGCACUUCGUAAGAUUGCUAGGGCUCUGAGAGUCCCAGGGCCCUUUCUGCUGCCAACAGCAUGGCGGUGUGGGGACUGCAACAAGACUAUGUCCUGAGCCUCACAGGCUUGGAAUGGCAGGCUGUGAUGCAGGAGGAGCAGGAAGAGGAAGAAAUGGAAUCAUAGAAUCAUAGAAUCAUAGAGUUGGAAGAGACCACAAGGGCCA